UUUAAAUUUCUUUGUAUUCCAAAUUUGUGGUAUUUUCUCUUUCUUUGAGUAUAAGAGUGAUAGUAAGAUUGAGAUAAAUAUUUCUUUUGGUGGAGUGACGGGAGUAGCAAACUAUCAUCUACAAAAAACAAGAUUUGCGAAUUGAAGGUGAAAGAUAUCAGCAAGAAUGGGGAAGCUUUUGGAUGAUGAAUCACAGAAUAAGCAGGCUGGAUGCAUGUGGGGUUUUGUACAUGUGCUACACUACCAUCAAUGGCAGUCCAAUGUUAAGAAGAUGAUCCAUCCUCGCAAACACCAAGCCCGAUCCCACGACCAAUGUGAGUGGAGUCCCGACACAUCUGUACACGAAAGGCUUCUGAGAGAGAAAGAGAGCCCACACCGUGCUGGUAAAAGGUCUCCUUGUAGUAAGAGACGAUCUCUGAGAGCGCGCUUGAAGGCAAUAAUUACAGAAGGAACGCCCGUGGAGGAUAAGGAUUUGAAGAGGACAGGUGGAUUCUCUACCAAAUCAAGCUUGCAGAGGACUUACUCUAUCCAUCACCUUGAGUCUGUGGAUGAUUUCUUUGGUAAAAUACACAAAGACUGGAAUCCUCCGAUCAUUUUCUUUCCAAAUAGCUCUGAGGAUCAUUCCGAGGCAGCUCAGAUUAAAGCUGCCAGUGGAGGAGAAUGUAACAGCCACGGCCCUAAAGAUGCCGACCAACUUAACUCACCUGAUGUUUUUGAGAUAUUUAAGAUGGACAAGGAGUAUCUUCUGAAGCAUCUGCAAGACUCGGACGAGAGCAUUGCUAAUUUCUCACGCAGUGCAUUUGGUUUGAACACAAAGGGGAAAUUCAGCAAAUCGAGAUCCUUCCCAGUGGCUGAUUUGCCAGCAGGGAGGAAGCUUAAGCCUUUGAAGCUUGAAAGCAAACAGAAAGAAGUUUGGUCAGUUCCUAGAAACGACAAAGAUAAGUCGGAUGAACUUGCUGGUGAUGAAAGUAGUGGCAGAACAUCUCUUUCUGUCUUGGAGCCUAAAAAAAUUGGUAAUAAGUCACAGCCUUCUGAAAGUUUGGAUUAUAGAGAGGAAAAGAUUACAGGAAAGAGUGGUGAAGAUGAUGGAAUCACUCUCAGACACCGCAGAAGUUCUUCUUUAAAUGAAUACGUGGAUAGAUAUGCUCGUCUUUAUGAGAAUAGUUUCGGGAAAGACGUCAAGUUGAGCUCUUCCCAGAGCUUGAAAAUAACAAGUGAAUAUGGCUAUGCUCCAGUGUCUUUCAAAAGGAUAAACUCUUAUUCUAAUGCAGAUUUUCAUUAUUCUGAUGUAAACUUUGAGGUUUUGCAUGAUAAUCUUUCCGGAGCCAACUUAGUUGUAGUGGCAGAAGAUAGCUGUGCAGUUCUACAAGAUAGUGAAGAAGAAGCUUUUCCCCUAGAUGCAGAUAUGGAGAUUAAGGAAGAUGAUACUAGCACUGACAAAUACUCCUACAAAAAUGAUUUCAUAUGGGAGAAGGAUUCUGACUCUUUUGAUGGUACCCUUAAAGAGAUUCAAGAGCAGAGUUUCGUAUCGGAUUCAGACAUUAUCUUGCAAGAAAAAGAAUCUCCUGCUGUAGAGCUUCAUAUCCCCAAAGGAAAGGAGCAUGGUGAAAUCCUAGAGUUGGAUUCUUCAAUUUAUACUGAUGAUAUGCAAAGAACAGAAAAUCUAGAGAAUUGUGGACACCUUCAUAAGAAAAAUUGUGACUUGGAUUAUCUGAGGCACAUUCUUGAUAGAUCAGGGAUUGCAAGAGAGGGCUCUGAGAUGACAUGGUAUUCAUCGGACCAGCUACUCAGCCCCGAAUUGUUCGAGGAAGUAGAAGCUACCUGGCCUCAUGAAGAAGGCGAGUUAGACGGAUGGCCUGACUUCCGAGGCUGUUGGCACCAUCAAAUGCUGUUUGGUGCAGUGAAUGAGGCUUUGCUUGAGGUGUAUGACAUAUCACUUCCGUACUAUCCCAACGCCUUGUCAUCCAAUUGCCACGUUCGUCCAUUUCCAAUGGGGAACCGCAUUGUCGAGGAGCUUUGCAUGAGUAUUGGCACGUUGAUGAAUGUGAAGCUUGAGGAGAGGCAGUCACAGUCACUAGACUGUAUCGUGGCUCAUGACCUGGCUCGUGAUCGCAGCUGGAUGAACCUCCAGCUGGAGAGCGAGGCCGUUGCACUUGACCUUGAAGACAUGAUUUUCAGUGAACUAUUAGAGGAGGUUAUGCUUUCUUGACCUCUCAUCCAUCUUGAGGCUGAGGUCUUGGUGAAUGAAUUUUGUUCUAGAUUUUCUGUAUAUAUUACUAGCAUUUGUGAAUUGAAUUCACUUUAGGGAAUAGCUUAGAGUGUGUAUAGUGUUGUGAUAGCAGAUACAGAUUUGUGUCUUACAAUGCUUGAGAAUGUAAAACCAUAUUUUAGGCAAGGUGAUCACUGCAUACUGUCUGUGAUGUGAUGUAUCAAGAUUUCCAUGAAACUCAACUACAAGAAAAUUGCAACAGA